GAAGGCUCGCCAACAUUACGGUGCAAACCGAUAUUCGUGUCUCACUCUAGAGCGGACGAAUUGUGCGUUGUGCGCAUGCGUUGAAACCGAGGGUGGGAGUGCGUAGAAACUUAUGUGAUUUGUAGGUUAUUUGGUCAGUAAAGUCAGGAAAUUGUAUCAUUGUAUGUACACAUUUGUCAUACAUACAAUUUGGAAUUAUCAUCUAAUAAAAAUGUCUAAGAGUUGUUAUUUGUGCAAUCGUAAGCCAUCAAAGAAUGAAUACAUUUCUGUACAUGGAUUUCCAAAGAAUCUAACUCUUCGUCAAAAAUGGAAAGAUGCUUGUGGGUUAACCGAGGCAGAUGAUGUAUCUCAUGUUUACAUUUGUUCAGUUCAUUUUGUUUCUGAAAAUUUGAAGAUAACGAAAGUUGCUGGCAAUUCAAGAAUAGUUCUAAAGCCUGGGUCAGUUCCUUCAAUAUGUAUUCCGAAUUCAUCCCGAUUUGAGGUUGUGCCAGCAAGUGACAACAUUAUCGAAGAAAAUGUAACAUCACUAAAUGUCGACUCUUAUUUAUCACCGACGGACUGUGCGCCUAUUCUUCAAGAUGUAGAACAUAUGGAUACAGUUGAUUUUUCUUCAUCAGCUGACUGUGAGCCUUCCUUCCAACAGAAUCUUGAAUUGAAAGAAUUCCAACAGAACUCGAUAGAAACCGAUCAAUCUAAACGUAAUUGUUCUGAUGAAAAUUACGUUAAUACUCCUAAGAAGCGUCGAUUUCAUCAACCACGCUAUAUCUCAGAAAUCACUUCACCUGAUUUUGCCACUCCAAGAAGAGCUCGACGAACUUUAAAGUUCAUAAAAGACAAGGAGCAAGAGAGGUUAAAAAAAAUUAAAUACUUGCAAAACAUCAACAGAAAUCAGAGGAAACGUAUCACCUCUUUAAAAGAUAUGAUUAAACAUUUACAUGAUAAAGGAUUGAUGUCCCACGAAGCAGGAGAUUCAUUAACGGUAACAUAAUCCCAUUCAAAUCACAUUCCGAUUAUUGCAAUUGUAUAUAAAAGAUGCUUCUAAUUUUACGUUUAGGGCUUAGACACAAUGAGAAAAGUAAGGAAUAAGAUAAAGAAAUAAGGAAUAAGGCAUGUUGCAUCUCACUUUAAUGUAUGUGUACUGAAGUUCCCUUAUUCCUUAUUCCUUUAUCUUAUUCCUUAUUUUUCUCAUUGUGUCUGAGCCCUUACACGGCCCAAUUUACGCCGAUCAAGUUAUAGCAUCGAUGUUGGAACAUCUUGAUCGGCGUAAAUCGUAGUCGUAUACUACGUUUACGCGAGCGUUACUUCUGUAGUAACUUACGAUAAUUCAC